GUCUUGUAGCCGCAGAGUUUUCUCAAACUGCCAAGGAGAAAUUAUCGCUCGGUAGUCUGUCUUGUGCAGAAGACUUGUGGCCGAGCCAAGUGAACGAGCUUAUGAUGGCGACGAUGAGCAUGAACACAAUAUCAGUCAUGAGCGGCAAGUUCAACGAAGCGAGAGCAUUCCUUCUCGCAGCUGAGCGCCUUUCGGAAGAGCCAAGUGCGAUCGGACCCCUUCAAAGCCGAGAGGCAACAAUGCUCCGCAGCAUGCUUCGAUAUCGACACAUAUCUACCCAGAGAUGAAGAGGCCUGACGUUUGCACCAGUCCUGGCUCACGCCUACCAGCUUCCCGUGUCGGCGACAUUCCAAAUGCACAAUUUAAUGCCAAGUUUCCAUCUUUAAGAACUAGGGUAUUCAUGGAGAAUCACGACUCCAGACUUGUGGACUCAAACGCACUCAAUGCCCCACACACCAAGGAGACUCAACAACAGAUCCAAUGUACGGCCUCGACGUUCGAGACUAUUUUCGGACUCCCUGAGUCGCUUGUCAGUCUCAUAUCACGUACAACCCAUCUGAUAAACAUACUUGGCGAUGCUUUGACCGAACUUGAGACUCCUGGAAUCGUCGACAUCAUUCGAACACUGGAGCAUGACCUUUGCAUAUGGACUUUCGAAGGUCACGCCACAAAUGCCCCACAUCCGAGGCAAGAUGUGGGAAAUCAGCGAGAAGCUGCCUUCGAUAAUGCGAGAGAAGCAGUCCAUGCAGCAGUGGAAAUAUACUUCUAUCGAGAAAUCCGCCAUGUCAACCCAACUUCAGUUCAGCAUCUUGUCGAGAAGGCGUUGAGACAUCUUCUCGAUUACGAGAAAGGCGUUGAAGAGCGCGGGAACUUGGCUGCAGCGGGGGUGUGCUGGGCUGCCUUUAUCGCUGGAUGUGAAGCUGAAGGAAUCUCUUCGAGACAACAAAUAGCUCAAUUUCUCUCACGAAUUGCCCAAAAGAGCGGCACUGGUAACUUUAGAGCUGCAUCGGAGUUUCUUCCUUGCGUGUGGGAAUCAAGGAUGGGGUUAGACAAGUUCGAUCAAAGCUGGAGAGAAGUGAUGAGAUCAUCAAACACCUGUCUCAUUUUGUCAUAGUACCUAAUCUCAAAACCUGGCCUCUUCGUCUC